AUGAUCCGUACGGUGUUGACGGUCAUUCUCGCGUUUUUCGGACCUAGCCAAAAACGUUGUUUGGCAGAGGGGCGAGCCACGUACGUGAACGUAACAGGAGACGUGAUUUUGGGCGGCCUGUUCCCCGUGCAUCGAAGAGGCAGCGGUGGCGGGAGCUGUGGUGAAAUUCAGAUCGAGGACGGAGUUCAACCCCUGGAAGCUAUGCUGUACACCGUUGGACGUAUCAACGACGAUCCCGCUGUCCUUCCGGGUAUACGACUCGGCGUUUUGGCGUUCGAUACCUGUGACAACCCCAGUUACGCUCUAGAGCAGGCGUUUUACUUUGUAAAAGGUAUAAUCGGUCGCCGCAAUCGGUACGGCGAACAAGAGUAUCGAUGCGACGAUGGAAGCGCGCCAGUGUUCAUGCACGGUGGAUUCGACAAGGUGAUCGCAGUGCUCGGUGCACAAUCCAGUUCGGUCACUAUUCAGAUUGCCUCGGUGUUGGCGCUUUUCUCGGUCCCGCAAAUCUCGUACAUGUCCACUUCGCCGUUUCUGAGCAGCAAGGAAAGGUUUCCACACUUUUUUCGUACGGUUCCAAGCGACGUGAACCAAGCGCGUGCCAUGCUCGAGAUACUCCGGCGAUUCGAAUGGUCGUACGUGUCGGUCGUUUACUCGGACUCUGAGUACGGCGAUCACGGGUACGAGACGUUGGCAUCUCUGGCAGCCGAGUACUCGAUUUGCUUCAGCGCUCCCCAACGGAUCAGGGAAGAUCGGUUCACGGCCGAAGACUACGACAACGUGGUUCGCACGAUUGCCGAAAAAACCGACGUUCGAGUGGUGGUGCUGUUUGCGGAAAAGUCGACUACUCUGCGCGUUUUGGAGGCGGCAAGGCGGGUGGACGUUGGGUCGCGGUUCGUCUGGCUGGGCAGCGAUUCGUGGCCCGACCAUAGAGACGAGAAAGACCGAGAGACCACCGUGUUGGAAGGCGCGCUCGCCGUUCAGCCGCUCUAUGCCCCGCUCUCCGGCUUCGACGAGUACUUUACCGGCUUGACGUUUAAACACGAGAAAGUGAACCCCUGGUUUCGCGAGUUCUGGUCUAAAUAUCAUGGUUGCGAGAACCAAGAGGAGGGUUGCGUCGAUCCGCGGCUGAAAAUCGAACGAGGUAACGGUUACAAGCAACGAAGAUUUCUGCAUUUUGUUCGUGACGCGGUUUACGCGGUAGCGUAUGCUCUUCACGACGACGGUGUUUGCGAGCAGAUGCGAUCUCUGACCGAGAAGGAAGUGUUUUCUCGAUACUUGACCAAGGUAUCGUUUAAAGACGAAGCGGGAUACAGAUUCAGAUUCGUCGACGCGGUCGAUGGACCGCCGAGGUAUUCGAUCCUGAACUAUCGGCGAACGUCGAACGGCUCGUACCAGUGGAUGGUCGUUGGAAGUUAUACACUGAACGGGCAAGGAGAAGCGGAGCUUCGACUUGAUCGCGAAAAGAUGAGAUUCCGGGAUGAACGAGUAGCCGAAUUUCCAACCUCCUCUUGUUCCCGUCCCUGCGGCUCCGAUCGAAUCAUGGUGAGAGUGAAGGAGGAUCCGUGCUGUUGGAGGUGUCAGAGCUGCGGUCUGUAUCGGUACCGAGUAGACGAACAGAGGUGCGAGGAUUGCGAAUCGGGUACCAGACCGUUCGUCAACGGAACCGGCUGCGAACCGAUUCCCGAGGAGUUUGUCGACCACUCGAAUCUCUGGGCUGUCGCCGCCAUGGCAGUAGCUGUGUUCGGCAUGUCGUUGACCGUGUUCGUCUGCUGGGUGUUUUGGUGGUAUCGCGAGACACCGAUGAUCAAGGCGUCCGCGCGAGAAUUGUCUUUCCUGUUGUUGCUCGGCGCGUUCGGUUGUUUCUCGAUGACGUUCGCCGUUGUGGCAAAGCCGAGCGUCGCGAGCUGCGCCGUCGUACGUUUCGGCAUUGGAUUCUGUUACACUCUCUGCUACGCCGCACUGGCGACCAAGAUCAACAGGAUACACAGGAUAUUCAACGAUCCCGGACGAAGUCCGCGAAAGCGUCGAUACACGAGCCCGAGGUCACAGCUGACGAUCGCCACGAUUCUGACGUUCGUCGAGAUCGCGUUCGACGCGGCCUGGCUGCUCAAGGAACCACCGGCGGUAACUCGAGCCUAUCCCAACAGAGAUUCGAACGUUAGGAUUUGUCGAGGCUCCGAGAACGGAUCGUAUGUAAUCGGUUUGGUGUACCCGUUCGUAUUGACAGUGGCUUCCACAUUUUACGCGAUCAAGACCCGAAAAUGUCCCGAGGGAUUCAACGAGACCCGUAGGAUCGCGUUCGCGAAUUACGCGACGAUCGUAUUAUGGCUCGCGUUCGUGCCGCUCUAUCUGGCUUCGAUCAGCAACGUCGUCCGGGUGAUCACGUUGGCGCUCUCCCUCUCUUUGAACGGACUGGUGCAGCUGAUCUGCUUGUUCUUGCCGAAAGUGUACGUGGUGCUGAUCAAGCCGGAAAAGAACACGAGGGAGCUGGUUAUGUCGCGACCAUGCGGUUCCUCUCACCCGACAACAGCGCUCCCCCCAGAGGCCGUUCCCUCAUCGCCCUCGCUCGCAAGCCGAUCUCGCGAACCGGUCGUCUAA